AGAAUAUCUACAGUAAGCUAAAAAUAGAAACUGGGAAUCGCAACACAACACACGUGUUCGACGUAAAGAUCUGUCAUGGCUGGAAUUCCCGGAUCCGAAUCCGACGAAAGGAAGCACCAAUCUACUCAGAAAAAGUCUGAAAAUGAAAACCCAACGGACAGCAAAGAUGCGGAAUCGUUAAAUGGCGACGUUGAAGUUGUUAGAAUGAAUGGUGAAACUGAGCACAUGAAUGGCGGCAUGGAAUCUCCGGAUAAAGAAGUGAACGGAGAGAAAGAAGAACAAACAGAUAAGGAUGGAGAGAAGGAAGGUGAAGAAAACAAAGAUCAAGAAGUGCUCUUGAUACAGGACACUGGUUUUAAUGUGACAAUUACAUGCCCAGGUGUGGAGGAAUUUGAGCUACCAGUGAGUUCCAUGGAGUUGGUACAAGAGAUUCAUCAGGUUCUGAUGGACCGUGAAGAUACGUGUCACAGGACAUGUUUCUCUCUACAGCUAGACGGACAGACAUUAGAUAACUUUGCUGAAUUAAAAAGCAUUGAAGGGUUGAAAGAGGGUUCAGUUAUCAAAGUUGUUGAAGAACCAUACACAAUACGCGAGGCACGUAUACAUUUGAGACAUAUCCGAGACUUGUUAAAGUCCGUCGACCCAGGAGAUGCCUACGCUGGUGUGGAUUGUAACUCGGUGUCCUUCCUCAAUAUAAUCACCGCUGGAGAUAUCCUUGAAAAAAAACACAAAGACUCCUUGGAUUGCACACCCCCUGACUAUAUCAUGCCAGGUAGUAAAGAAAGACCGUUACUACCUCUACACCCAAAUAUCAAAGAACUAAAGACUCCUCCUUGUUUGAAAGUUUUGACACUUAGUGGAUGGAAUCCCCCACCUGGAAACAGGAAACUGCAUGGAGAUUUGAUAUAUCUCUACGCAGUAACCUUAGAGGAGAAGAAAUAUCAUAUCACAGCAUCAACCCGUGGAUUCUAUGUUAACCAGUGCACGGAAGACAUAUUCAACCCUAAAGCUGCGGCACAGAAAUUCUUGUCACAUACAUUGAUAGAACUACUGAAUCAAUUGAGUCCUGCAUUCAAACGUAAUUUCUCAAUGUUACUCAAGAAACGUGGACAGAAGCACCCGUUUGAGCGUGUACCCACUCCCUAUCAGGUUUACACAUGGAUGGCACCACUCCAGGAACAUACUGUUGACUACAUUAGGGCAGAAGAUGCUUUUUCUACACGACUCGGGUAUGAGGAACAUAUUCCUGGUCAAACAAGAGAUUGGAAUGAAGAGAUACAAACAACGAGGGAACUCUCUCGUAAAGCCCUGCCAGAAAGGCUUAUCAGAGAAAGAGCUAUAUUUAAGGUACACAGUGAUUUUGUUGCGGCAGCUACAAGAGGUGCUCAGUCCGUUAUUGAUGGUAAUGUGAUGGCAAUCAAUCCUGGAGAUGAGGCCAAGAAUCAGAUGUUUAUAUGGAACAACAUCUUCUUCAGUCUUGGUUUUGAUGUCAGGGAUCAUUAUAAAGAUUUUGGCGGAGAUUUUGCUGCUUAUGCUGCACCAGGGAAUGACCUGCAAGGUGUGAGAGCCUAUUUUAACACAGAUAUUGAGGGAAUGUAUACACUAGGUACAGUGGUCGUAGAUUACCGUGGUUACAGAAUUACAGCACAAUCAAUUAUACCAGGUAUAUUAGAGAGGGAGCAGGAGCAAUCAGUGGUUUACGGUUCAAUAGAUUUUGGAAAAACUGUUGUCACAAAUGAUAAAUACAAAGAAUUGUUACAAAAAUCUGCUAGUCAACUAAAAAUAAGACCUCACAAGGUAUUGAAUGAGAAGGAGGAGGAAGUGGAGUUGUAUUCAUCUAUAGAGUGUAAGGGAAUUGUGGGUAACGAUCAGAGACAUUACGUUCUAGAUCUGCUGAGGACGUUCCCUCCAGAUGUUAACUUUUCUGAAGUUUCACCAGACGAGUUAUCUAAUGAUAUGAGAAAUCAUGGUUAUCCUCUUAAACACAGACACAAAUUAUGUUGUCUUAGACAGGAACUUGUUGAAGCGUUUGUAGAAAAUCGUUACGUAGCAUUUGUACGCACUGCGGCCUACCACUUUCAACAGAUGCAGAUACACAAAAAAGCCUCUCAGGACCUUGAAAAAGAAUCAAAACUUAAGGCAAUCUCAGCAGCAACAAAGACGGUUGUUCCAGGUGAGAAGGAGAAAUCUGAUGAUAAAGACAUGGCCGAGGCUGAGACAGAGGAAGCUAAAAAAAUUGUUGAGGCCCUUACUGACAAAGAAAAUCAAACAGUUGAGGAAAGCAGUAAGGAUAUAGUCAAGAAGGCAGCUAAAGCUGUAGGAUCUCUUAGUGAAACUGAGUUCAAUCUGACCUUUAACCCCGAUGUCUUUCAAGAACAUGUCAAACAUGCUGAUCCUGAGUCUGCAGUAUUACAGAAAGAGAGACAAGCAGUGAAAGAGGCUGCUGAGUUCCUAGUUCUGCACCAAAUACCUACUCUUGUAAAUGAUUGCCUAGAUCACUCAUCUCCACCAAUAGAUGGCGCCACGUUGACAGAAGCAAUGCACACUCGUGGUGUAAACAUGCGCUACCUGGGCAAGCUUGCAGAGACUGUAUCCAAAUAUAAAUCUGUUUCUUAUAUCUAUACUAUAUGUAUUGCGGAGAUGAUCACACGUGCAGCCAAACAUUUAUACAAGAUCCACAUGCAGGGAAUAGAUCAGACAACACUAUCUGCUGCUAUCAGUCAUUUCUUGAACUGCCUGGUUGGAUCCUUCCCGACACCACACCCUGGAGUCUCAGUGGAUGAGGGUAAAGGAACAAGAAAGAAAAAUAAGAGACGUAACAAGGGUAUAGCUAUCAGUAUAGAUAACACAGAGUGGGUCAACGAAACACCAAAAUCAUUGUGGAAGAAAAUCAUUGACGAGGUUGACGAGUAUUUCCACUACACACUAGAAUGUGAUUCGAUUGACUCAGCAGUAGAGAAGUACGGAAUACAGAAAGUGUCACUACUACGUUCAUUCUGUCAAUGUGUUGGUGUACAGAUCUUGUUACGAGAGUAUAACCUCGAGAUUAGAAGUCGGGCAAUCUUCGCUGAAGAUGAUAUAGUCAAUGUCUUUCCAGUUGUUAAACAUAUUCACCCCAGGGCAUCAGAUGCUUAUCACUUUUUCUCAAGUGGUCAGUCUAAGAUACAGCAAGGAUCACUUAAGGAAGGAUAUGACCUGAUAUGUGAAGCUCUCAAUCUUCUCAAUAAUGUGUACGGAGCCAUGCAUCCGGAGAUUGCUGCCUGUCUACGUCUUCUCGCCAGAUUGAAUUAUAUCAUGGGCGAUUAUCCAGAGGCGAUGAGCUAUCAGCAGAGAGCCGUGUUGAUGAGUGAACGAGUGCUCGGAAUUGAUCAUCCAAACACUAUCACAGAAUAUGCACAUCUUGCGCUGUACUGUUUUGCUAAUAAUCAAGUGUCAAGUGCUCUACGUCUGAUGUACAGAACACGGUACCUGGCUCUGCUUUGUCACGGUGAAAAUCACCCGGAAACUGGUCUCAUAGAUAGUAACAUUGGAUUGAUAUUACAUGCUGUUGAGGAAUAUGAUCGUUCUCUGACCUUCCUAGAACAUGCCUUACAACUUUACCAAAGAUUUUAUGGAUCAAAGAGCUUGAAGGUUGCCAUGAGUUACCAUUUGGUUGCUAGGACACACUCUUGCCGCGGAGAUUUCAGGGCAGCAUUAAACAGUGAAAAGGAGGCAUAUACAAUCUAUAGACAAAUGCUGGGAGAGGAGCAUGAAAGAACAAAGGAAAGUGGCGAAUGCCUCAAACAUCUUACACAACAAGCCGUCGUCUUCCAGAAAAAAAUGAAUGAAAUCGUAAAGGGAGAAAAAGUCACAUCCCUGGCUGGUUUACAGAUUCAAACUCCGUCCAUGCACAGUGUAAUGGAGAUGUUGAAUGUAAUCAAUGGAAUAGUUUUUGUACAAAUUAGUCCUGAUGAAAUUGAAAGGCUCAGAAAAGAAAUCGGAAAGAAACCAGAACAAAAAGCGGGAGAAAAAGAUUCAGAGAGUAAAGCUAGUGAUAGUGGUAACGAAUCUGACAAUGUCAAUUCCCCAGAAAAAGACGAUCUUGCCAAAACUGAAAAACAGUUGAUAAAUGGCGAGGUACAUGUGGAAGAAAUCGCCGUCGGACAUUGAAAUCUGGAGGGAUUAUGAUUUUGAAGUGAUAAACUCCUGUAUACAUAGGCAAGCAAAGUGAUCCAUAUGAAAUAAAAAAUUGAUAUAAAUUGUGUGAUAUUGAAAUUUUUAAGCGCUGUUUUGAGUUUUGGUAACUCUUCACUGUAAUGAAAGAGAGAUAAAUAUAGGUUGGUUUUUACUUUUGAUGGUAACUCUCACAGACAAAUGGCAGACGGUAACUGGCAUAACAGUAUCUGGAAGAUACCUUUGUUCAGUUCUUGUGUAUAGAUGGAUGAACUGGAAAAAAGUGCUUCAUGUCAUUGCUGCAUUGUUGUUUUAGAUUAUCAUUAGUGAUACAAGUGGUGCUUUAUUUAGAAACUAAAGAGACACACUUCCAGGACAGUCAAAAAGUAUAAACUUUCAAAUCCUCAAACUCAGAGAGAAAAAAAAGAUAUUUGAAGAGUUAAAGAAAUGUAAGAAAUUUUUGCAAUCUGUGUAAUGCCUUGCGUGUUUUAUGUAAAAGAAUUACUUUAUUUAAUCCUUAGUUUGCUGGUGUUUUACCCAUGUGACAAGUGUAGACCAAGGUACACAGGGAUAUCCCUGCCGUCUGAUCAUUGACUGCACUGUUCACUAUUUAGUGGUUACGUAUUUUGAAAUUUUCCCUUGAAAAUGAAGAAAUAUUUUGAAAUUUUCCUCUUUAAAAUGAAGAAAUAUUUUGAAUUUUUUCCUUAAAUUUAAAUGUUUUGAAAAAAGUUAAAUUGUUCACUGGAAGUUAAAUAUUUUGAAUAUACUGCAUAUCUUUUAAGUUGAGCAUGAACAUACUUUUGGUGACCUAUAAUAGGAAUGAAAUAUUGAACAUUUUAUGGUUAUAAUUUAUUUACUGCGAGAUCGUUGUAAAGGAAUGCUGAGUUGAAAAUAAAAUCUCUGUUCUUACACCAAAACUUCACAUAUGUGAAAAAAUAAGGGUUAUUUUUAUUUUACUCACAGAUACCCAUUUCUACUUUUUUAUUUUUUUAUUUUUAUUUUUUUUUUGGUUACAACUUUAGAUAAAUGGACAAUUAAUAUAUAUUAACUCUCCACAGGUAUUUCCUGAAGUUAUGACGAUUUUACUAUGUUCUUUAAUGUCUUAUAAAUCUCAUAACAGAUAUUUGAUGGGUGUUCUUAUUUAAGGUCUUUGAAAUCUCAUAAUCAUAUUUCAGUUUUUGUUUGUGCUUUUUAACUCCUUCAUUAAGGCACUUUAAUUUCUUGCACUUCCUAUUUUUUCUUGCAUUGAAACAAGUUAGAUCUAUUAUUUUUCUUGCAUUAAAACAAGUGUAUGUACAUGUAUGUUGAUCAGGUACAAAAAUAGUGUUGUCAACAGCUUCAUAAAUAAAGUUUGAGAUUGAUGUGCUGUUAUGAUGAUACAAUCCAAAUACUACUGGUUCUUCGGUUUUAUAAGUAAAUAUGGCAAAAAUGAUGUAUUUUUAUUUGGAAUGCUCCUUAGUUUAUUUUACUAUCACUCAUUCGGUCAAAUCUUGUUUCGACAUCUGGAAUAGAAUGUAAAACAGGAAACUUUAUCCAGUUGGUUCAAUACAAGAGUAAUGUACUUGUUUCAGUUGGUAAUCAAGCUUAGAUAUCUGUUAACUGAACUGAAUCAAAAUUUAUUUUUUUCAAAACUGGCACUGGGCAUAAUUAUAAAUUCAACUAAUGUGAUAGUAAAAAGUAAAAUAACUAACUGAGAAUGUACAAGUUGCUCGGAAUCUGUUUUUCUUUAGGUGAUUAGUCUUUUAUAAUGAUAUGCCAUGAAGAUAUUCUUAAAAGUUUGAACCAUAUAGUAAUUGUUGUACUUUUCUAGUAAAACUAGAGCAGUAAGUGUGGUAUAAAAGUGCUUAUAAUUAUUAUGUUCUGAUUUUGUUGUUGUUUACUUUUGUGGGUGAAAACCAUAGAACAAAACCGUAGAUAAGGAAACAUUGUUAAUAUACUGGUGGAGUGAAUUGUGUAGAUACCUGUAUCCUCUCCCAGCAUGUAUAUCUAUGUACAUGUAUAUAUGUGUUGUGUUUAGAGUAUAGAUCAUUCCAUAUGUGUUGCAUGUAUAGUAGUGUUGACAGCUACACACAUAUUUAUAUAACUUUGCCUUCAAUAUAUGCUGGCAAUAAGAAAAAAAACAUAAAAGUACUGGGCUGUUGUUAAGUUGUGCAGGUAUAAUAUUUGUAAACAGGUCUUAUUUUUUCAGUACAGACUCAAUCAAACAAAGUCUGCAAUUUUCAUGUAAUUUUGUUGUGAUUAAUGCUUCCAAGGGGUCAUGUCACGUUGUACCCAGAUUUUUUAUCUUACCAUUAGUUUUAAAAGUCAUAUAGGGACAUGAGUUUUAAUAUGUUCUAAAAGUAAAGGUUGAGUGGUAUUAGGGUCUCCAACUUCAAAUCACUUACCUCCUCACCCUUUUGGUUUCAAAUCCUGUUUGGGACUUUGGGUUUUUGAUUCUGUCAGGUGAGGAAAUUCUGUCAGGUGAGGAAGCUAUCUAGUUAGCUUACAGAAGGUCCUUGGUUCAACUUGGGUGCCCAUUCUUCUCUGAAAUAAUGCAUGGAAGGACACCUAAGCUUUUAAAAUCUGAAAAUUGAACAAGUCUGUUCAGAAAUUUCUGCAAGUAAUUGAAGCCCAGUACAAAAAAAAAGUAAGAAAGGAAAAAAAAAAUUUGCAAAAAAAUAAAUAAAUAAAAAAAUGGUAAAAAAAGAAAGGUAAAUGAUUUAUCUUAUUAUUUCUAUGAAAUCUAGAAAAAUAGCCAAAAAUAUGAAAUAUUUAGUGAAUAUAUAGAAUAUAUCUCACUAGUGAGGUAGUUUUCAUAUACAUGUAUAUAUGUCUUUUUUCCAAGUAUUCAUACUUCAUUAAAUCAAACAAAUUUUCUUUUUGAAAUUAUACUGUACCUAAUGAUGAAAUAUGAAAAAUCUCACACUGUCAACAGUGGAUGAUAUCAAUUUUAUCAAAUCACUAUGUAUCACAUAUAUAAUAAAAUCAUAGAAAUCUUUACUUCAUCAUCAUGUAAAUGGAUUUUACAUGCAUUAAUGUUUCUGACGAAGUAAAUUGUUUUAGUUUCAUGUCUUGUUUUUGUUUGUUUUUUGAUAUAUAUAGACAUUAGUUGAUAUCAUAAGAGUUUCUUUUGUCAUGUUACUUUUUUUGAUACUUGUAAAUAAAAUAUAUAAAUGUUUAUGAACAAGACUUGGUGUAUAUAAGUGUUUUAUAAUGUCUUAACCCCACCCCCAUAUAGUCAUAAUGUCAAGUUACCCCAAGGAUAAACGUGCAUGCUUGUGAGUAAUGAAGAAAUUAAAUUUUUAUUUCGUACACUUGUUGAAUUUGAACUUGUUUAACACUGGGUAUUUGAUGGUAACGCUGGGUAUUUGAUUAUUAUGUUAGUUCGUAGCUCAAUAUAUAGACUUUGCUGUGAUAGAUAUUGUGACUUAGAUAUCCCAGGGUCCAAGAUUAUUAAACAAAUUUUUUUAUCUCAAACUAGGAUUUCAGGCAUUUGAUUGGUCGAAAACCAGCACAGAAUUUACUGUAACCAAUGAAAUUCCCGAGAUUCAAGCGAGAGGUUAUGAAAAGUUUAUAAUCUUGAGACUGCAACUUGUAGUAUUGUGAUUGCAAGAAAGUAACUGUCACGGAAAACUUGCAUGUGUUUUUAGGUAGAUCUCAAUAUUCGGUUUUCAUUUCAGAGAAUAAAUAUAGAUUGUAUAAAGUUAAUGAUUUGAGGUAAAUAGGUCUAUGAAUCAUGUGUAAUGUUUAAAAAGAAAAAUUCAUGAUGGUAAAUAAAAAAUAUUUAGUUCCUAAAUUUUAAGUCUAUGUGACCAACAUAUUUCAUAGACUUUGUUUUAUAUGCGCUUUGGAAGAAAUAGUCGAAAUCGUGAAAUUUAUAGUUACAUUUUGGAAAUAAAGCAAGCAAAGAAAUGUUGUUGUUUUUUUUAAGGAAAGAAGUCUGAUCCGUGUAUAUCAUUGUAAACAUUACAUAAUUAAGAAUUUAGAAUGAUUAUAUAUCUCUCUGUCUACAAAUAAUAAACUAUCACAAUAAAUUCUUUACAUACUAACAUUUAUGUAUUAUGAUUUAUUUUUAUUUUGCAUGCUAUAGUAUCAUAUACUUACCUGUUCGGCCAAAUUCCACUUGAAAUAUUCCUGAUAUUGUGUGAAGGUCUUUGUAUAGUUUUUGCUAUUAUAAUAUUUAUUUUUUUUUUGUAUUGUAUUGUAAUUUGGAGAAAAAGGGCCAAGUCAAUAUGAUGUACAUAAAAGAAUAUGUUAAAGAGUACAUAAAAGAGUAUGUUAAAGAUUUAUUCUGGAAUUUUAUGCUAACUGGAGAUUUUUGUUUAAAAACUAUCUUGCAUAAUGUAAGUUGUAGUCUUGAUUUGUGUUUUGAUUAAAUACAGACAUUAUUAUACUAUGAUUAGAUACAGGUUAUAUCUCGCCGAGUUCUGGAUUUUUUUUAAAUGAAACUUUCCACAAGUUUAUAGGGCAAAUGAAAUAUAUUAGAAAAAGAAUUCAUUGCAUUGAAAAAGAUUUUUUUCUUUUGUGAGAAUUUACAGAGGUAGUUUUAGCAAAUAAUUAGUCGGUGAUAUUAAAUAUAUUUCACUGAUAUGCCAGUGAUACUAAAUAUAUUUCACUGAUAUGCCAGUGAUAUUUAAUAUAUUUCACUGAUAUGCCAGUGAUAUUAAAUAAAUUUCACCGAUAUGCAGGUGAUAUUUAAUAUAUUUCACUGGUACGCCAGUGAUAUUAAAAAUAUUUCACUGAUAUGCCAGUGAUAUUGAAUAUAUUUCACCGAUAUGUGUGACAGUAAAGACAGUAUUGUUUCUUUUUAGAUGUUAGUGGAGACAUUUAUUCUGGUUUGAUGUGUGUAGGUAGAUAUAGGUGUAUUGCUUAUCUAGGUUGUAGUACCCUUAAUAUAUGAGUCAUUUUUAUAAAUGAAGUUUUAAAAGAUUUAUGUAAUAUAUUAAAAUACAACUUUGUCAUUUGAAUUCGUAUUUUUUGUUUGUUUGUUUGAAAAUGAAAAUAUAUAUUUUCGGGUCAACUGUUUUUUUUAUUGCAGUAGUUUGGUAUAUUUUCUUGUUUUAGUUUUGCUGAUGAAAUAUUUCUUUUUAUCUUUUUCUGAAACUUUAUACAAACACAAUAUAAGGGCAUCCUGUGUCGAUUUGUUUAAGGACCAUUUGAAAUUGCUUUUAUAUUAUUGUUUGAAUGACUUUUUUUCACUUUUUAUAUAAAAACACUGGGUACUUAAAAAAAAAUGUUACAUGUAUAACUCUUGAGCUUCAUUUUACCAGAAGAAUCUUAAAUAAUGAAUACCAGUAAUAAAAACAUAACACACACAAAAGGGGGAAAAAUAUAAAAAAAAAAAAAAUUUGUUAAGAUAGAAGGUUAGUUAAAUAUUUUUAUGUUACAAUACCAGAAAUCAUGUGGUACAUGUAUGAAAUGAAUGGUACAGUUAGUUUUCUUGUGUAUGUGCAUGUAUGUUUUAUGUAACACAUCUUUUUUUUGUAAUUGGAAGUUGCAUGGUUAAUGAUACUGGAUACCAUGGUAACCAAUACUAAAUUUGCAAAUAAAACAUUUGUCUGUUAA